AUACCCUCAGCCCCCAUUCUCCCGCCGCCCUCUGCUGUCCCCUCAAAGCCAAAAUGUCCGUCUCCCUCAAUCCCAGCAGCGUUCUGGGUUUCAACAGGCCGUUCACCGAAUCCGUCAAGCGUACACUUCAGAUCACAAACAACAAUGCGAACCCAGUCGCAUUCAAAGUCAAGACAACUGCUCCCAAGCUUUACUGUGUAAGGCCCAACUCUGGUAGGGUGGAGCCGGGAGAGACCGUCGAGGUUGCAGUCAUGCUGCAAGCUAUGAAGGAGGAUCUGCCCCUCAACGCGAAAUGCAAAGACAAGUUCCUCAUCCAGAGCACCAUCAUCACUCCUGAGAAGGAGAGCAUGCCUCUGCAAGAGAUCUGGAACGGCGAAGCAGACGAGGUUCAUUCUCAGAAGAUCCGUGUUGUCUACCUACCUCCUGAGGGCCAGACUGUUCCCGAGGAGGACGAGACCCACGUAAACAUGAGCUCACUCUUGAACGUACCCGGGCAAGAUGUGAGUUCCGUGUGGUCAGAAUCAGGUCUUACACGAUUCCCUGAAACAUCCUCCAUCUACUCCCAGAAGUACGCUACCGUCCGGCAGUACCAGACGAAUGGCCAUGCAGACCGCGAGCACAGCGGUGGGGACGACAGCGCGACACGUAUCCUCCCUCCGCAAGAGGAAGAGCACCACGACGCUCCUUCCACUCCCCCACCGAACGUCGCCGUUCACCCACCCGAGCCCACUCCGUCAGAGCCCCAGCCGUCAAGCGACGAGGGUGUCGGUAUCGUCAACGUCAGCGUGCACGCACCCCCGCCUGCACGUCAAUCACCGCCUCCCUCGCCCCUCACACGGGCUGUGCCCCCUCCAGCUCCGCAGGUCAUCGUGCAGGAUCCGAACCCCGAGCUGGUUAAGAAGCUCGAUGAAGCACAGGCGGAGAUCGAGCGCCUCCGACAAUUGAUUGCGUCCAUGCCGGAACCGAGCGUUGCCCCUACGUCUGUCACAGGCGCGACGGAGCUCAGGCAACGAAGGCGCGGGCCCGCGUCGGACGAUGGCAGUAGCUACGAUGGCAGGACGUACGACGACCGCUCAACGUACGAUGGACGUACAGAGGUGGGCAGCUAUGUUGGAAGCGACAUCGCCCCACCGGAAGGUGUCCCAUUACAAGUCGUGAUCAUCAUCGCGCUUGGUGUCUUCGUCACCACCUAUUUGUUCUUCUGAUCCAGUCUCUCUAUCGGGAUGGGGUGGACAACGAUAUGUAGCAAGACGUACCCGGACGCGGUGCUCUUCCUAGUGCUCCCUCUGACCGUCCGCCUCUUUGUUGUCCUUGGAUGCUCUUUUUUAUUCGCGUUCUGUCGUGUUAUUCGUAAAGUCUCCUUACUCCUCUGUUUGGCUGUCCGCGAGGACCCGAUAGCGCGGCGCAAUGCCUCGUCACCUCCGCACCAGGGUAUACCUCUCCUCCCCCAUACCAUUUCGCGUUUGUCGAACCAUUGCAUGUUGUCAAUAGUUCCUUCCGUUCCUUCCUGUGUAGCCCAAACGUUCGUAGCGUCGUUGUGACAUGUUUUCCUUCUUUCCCUCCCUCCGCAUCUUCUCUCCCCCCUGUCCGCUCGUGGUGGUUCAAUACGGUACAAGCGACAGUGUUUAGCCUGUGCAUAUU